UUGUCUUUUUUAAGUACAAUUGAAUUUCAUUGACACUAAAUUUUUAUCAAAGUCAGCAAUUUCUCCAAUUUUUCCUUUUCAAAGCAGUUAUCUAAAUUUUAGGUUUGAUGCAGCAUCUUACGCAAUCAAAGAUAUCGAAGCAGAACUGUUUAUUAGCAUCCGUUUACCUAAUUGGCCAGGAGAGACCCUUAACAUUGACAUCUUGCGAUUUAACAAAAUCAGUUGCAAUGAAUCAAGAGAAUCCAAACUGACCGCCUUGCAACAAGUGAAGGAGAGAUGUUUGAAACCCCCUCCUCCUUUGUUUAUUUGUGCCUACCCUAAUUGUUCCCUGGCUAGAAGGGAAGUGUACCAGGGAGACCCUCUGACGUCACAGUUCGAGAGUGUUUACAGUUUGGAGUGCAGUGAGAAGUGUCUACUUGGAUACCAUGGUGUUUGCUGGAAGAAAGUUGAAAAGGGUGAAGAAAAGUUGCUCUUUCGAAGAAGGUGCAAAACAGCAGCCUGCGCCGGUUGCAUUCAGUCAGUUUCAAUCAUAGAUCCCACAACUGGAAAAGUAGAAUCCAAAAUAGAGGCCGAGCAAAAUGAAGACGCAGAACCAAAACUAGAUCAUAACACUUCUCAGUCUAAGAAAAAGCGGAACCGGAAAACUAGAAUGAAACAUGAUGUAGACCAGCUGAAAACGAAAAAAGUUUUCCAGACGAAUCCGAACGAAUCCGAAAUGAAGAGUCCGAACGAACCUCAUUCGGAGAUUCACUUAAAUCCAUCGGGUGGCGCCAUUCAUAAACGCAAGGGGAAACACAGCAAUCUAGAGCCACAAUUACCAAAUAUUUCGAACUCGUUCGCAGUUCUUUCAGAAGACUAUGUGCCAAAAGCAUCGCCCGAAAAAACAGUCUAUAAAUCAAACGAAACAUACAAGAAUGAAAUAAAAUCACAAGGAGUUUUCGGUAAAAGUUUCAGUCGAAAUGUACCCAAUUUGGACAGAGAUGCGACAAUGAAGAAUGUUUAUACGUUCAACGUUAGCUCUAACCAGCGCAACAGAACCCGAUCAGCUGGCCCAUAUUCGAAGAUCCACCCGAACGACAGAAUAACUUAUCUGAGAAAGAAAACUACAGCCACUAUAACAAAUACGAUUUCUUCGUCAACAAAAAAGCGAUGGCCGUCAAUUGAAUCAACGAUGAAUCUGCAGCAAUGCGAAACAGAGUCAAUGACUUCAGGUGGAAGACGCUCCAGCUUCGCUAACGACAACAUGUUCACUAAUCGCCCUAAAGCUCAAGGACGAGACAUUUUUGACGUCAUACGAAGCCGACGUAAUCAGCUGCAGAGUCAUUCGACAACUAACAUCCAUGCAUAUCAAAAAAUGAACAACAACCAGAAUUAAACGCGCGUCGACUAGCAAUUCGGACAUAUAUAAUUUGAAACAAUUUAAUAUUACGAAUCAGCGAGAAGUUUCUCAAACGAGGAAUGAAAGUUCAAGGGUCAGUUGUUGUGUGCAAAACGAGACUAAAGAAAUAUAGACAGCGAAAAAUCAGUUCUCACGUAGGUUUUGAAGGAGAUUAAAUGGAAAAAAAACAAUUUUAGUAGGAUGGUUAUUUGCAAGAAAAAAUAUCUUUUAGGAGACAAAUGAACGUUAAAACUUAUUAACGCCUUAUGGAAAACAGAUCUUGAUGUCCUUGAUGAAAA